GGCAGGCUGCUCUAAGCACGCUCAACCCCAACCCCACGGACAGCUGCCCCCUCUACCUGAACUGCGCCACCGUGGCCGCGCUGCCCUCGCGGGUGAGCCGGCACAACAGCCCCUCCGCAGCGCACUUCAUCACCAGGCUUGUGCGGACCUGCCUGCCGCCAGGAACGCACCGGUGCAUCGUGAUGGUCUGUGAGCGGGCUGAUGCCUUCGCCUCUGCCUGUGCCCUGGCCCGAGCCUUCCCGCUGUUCACCCACCGCUCAGGUGCUUCCAGACGCACAGAGAAGAAGACGGUCACAGUGGAGUUUUUCCUGGUGGGACAAGACAAUGGGCCAGUAGAAGUGUCCACUUUGCAAUGCUUGACCAAUGCCACGGACGGCGUACGGCUGGCAGCCCGCAUUGUGGACACACCCUGCAAUGAGAUGAACACAGACACCUUCCUUGAGGAGAUUAAGAAAGUUGGAAAAGAUCUGGGGAUCGCCCCAACCAUCAUCCGGGACGAGGAGCUGAAGACCAGAGGGUUUGGAGGAAUCUAUGGUGUUGGCAAAGCCGCCCUCCACCCGCCAGCUCUGGCCGUCCUCAGCCACACCCCCGACGGAGCCACCCAGACCAUUGCCUGGGUGGGCAAGGGGAUCGUCUACGACACCGGGGGUCUCAGCAUCAAAGGGAAGACUACCAUGCCUGGGAUGAAGAGAGACUGCGGGGGUGCUGCAGCCAUCUUAGGGGCCUUCAGAGCUGCCGUCAAGCAGGGUUUCAAGGACAACCUUCACGCGGUGUUCUGCUUGGCCGAGAACUCGGUGGGGCCCAACGCAACGAGGCCUGAUGACAUCCACCUGCUCUACUCAGGAAAGACAGUGGAAAUCAACAACACGGAUGCUGAGGGCAGGCUGGUGCUAGCGGACGGCGUGUCCUACGCCUGCAAGGACCUGGGGGCUGACAUCAUCCUAGACAUGGCCACGCUGACCGGAGCACAGGGCAUCGCCACGGGCAAGUACCACGCUGCCGUGCUCACCAACAGCGCCGAGUGGGAGGCGGCCUGCGUGAAGUCCGGGAGGAAAUGCGGGGACCUUGUGCACCCCCUCGUCUACUGUCCCGAGCUGCACUUCAGCGAGUUCACCUCGGCCGUGGCCGACAUGAAGAACUCCGUGGCGGACCGGGACAACAGCCCCAGCUCCUGUGCCGGCCUUUUCAUUGCCUCACACAUUGGCUUCGACUGGCCUGGGGUCUGGGUCCACCUGGACAUCGCCGCGCCUGUGCACGCAGGUGAGCGCGCCACGGGCUUCGGCGUGGCCCUCCUCCUGGCACUCUUCGGGCGAGCCUCUGAGGACCCUCUGCUGAACCUGGUGUCCCCGCUCGGCUGUGAGGAAGACCCCCAGGAGGGGGACACGGACAGGGACUCCAAGAGGCGCAGGCUGGUGUGAGGCUGGCUGCCCGCCUGGCCCCGUGGCGGGGGCUCUGCCUCACUUGGCACUGAUCAAUUUUAAGCAAUUGGAAGAUUAUACCUUAAGAUGGGCUUUGAAGCCCACCCCAAGGCCUGCUGUCACCUUCUCCCAAGUGAGCACCAGGCCCUGAGAGCCCAGGUCUGCAGGGAAGGCUGUCCACCCCCAGCACAUCCUGAGGCUGAGUGUUGUACUGGGUCAGAGAGAAGGGGUGGAGCCUGAUGGCGACCUGCAGCCAGGCGCAGUUGCAGCCCGGUGCUCCACAAUGAAGGCACGUUGGCGUCUGGACAGUAGGCGCUGAGCAUGCGGCAGAGGGACCGGCGCAAGUGGACCAGGACGACAUUCACACCUGCACUGGCUUCUGAGGGCCCUGCAGGACCCUGCCAUGCUGCCCUCAGCUGUGAAGGGCUUUUUUUUUUUUUUUGGAGAUUUUUCAGACCCUAAACGAAUGCGCCCCGUGAGUCGGAAGGGCUUGGCAGCACAGCCCCGCCAGCCGGCUGGGGCCCAGGAAGGCACCGUUUCCUCCUGUGGCUGGAGAACAAUGAAGUCCCAUUUCCUCCACCGCUCAGAGAGAAGAGAACAGAAGACAGCAAGGAGGAAAGGGAAGGAAGGAAAGAAGGACAGACAUCCGGACACAGUUCCCGAUCCCUCCGUGGUCCUCUUUUAAGGUCCGUCCCGCUUUAACAAUUGCCGUGUUACACAGUCUUGCCGUCUGGUAGGAAUCGGGAAGGAACACACAGUGGGAACUGGAUGCCGGGUGGUUUCUUUGAGCUUGAGAGGCAGUGGGGUUGCUGGGUCAGCCGGUCAUGGUCUGUGUCUGAAGAGGACCAGGUUCUGCUGCUGGGAGCUCAUGGGAAAUUGGGGUCCGAGAGAAAGGAGGACAGUGGGGUGCUGCCGACGGAGGCAGAGGGGCACAGAAUCGCGCCCUGUGCUCAAGGGGCUCCAUUCUCUCUGGGUGACGCACAGCUGGGGUGAGCAGAGGUGCUCAGGGACGCUCAGAGGCCAGACCUGGAGAAGAGGCGGCAGGUGUGGGAGAUGGGAAGGGUAUGUCGGGAGAAGGACAGCAAG